UCGUACCGACAGUAUGGCGGCGGGCUGCUGCUGGAGGGAUGUUGCUGCUGUCGCCGCUGCCUUCACAAUGUGAUCGGAAUACCGUUUGCCUGCGCAGAGACAACAGCCACAACCCGAGGCCGCUCGCCGUGAGCUCGAUAAGAUGACCAGGCUCGCCGAUUACUUCGUCGUAGUUGGAUACGAUCUUGAUAAGAGAGGAGGUAGUGAGGGUCAAGGGCAAAUUCUUCAGCGUUUUCCAGAGAAAGACUGGGAAGAUAACCCUUUUCCUCAAGGCAUUGAACUGUUCUGUCAGCCCAGUGGAUGGCAGCUGGUUCCAGAGAGGAAGCCUGCCUCAUUCUUCGUGGCGGUUCUUACAGACAUCAACUCUGAGCGACAUUACUGCGCCUGCUUCACCUUUUGGGAGUCUGUGGAGAACCCACAACUACAGAAAGGAGAGCCAAGUGAGGCUGAUGAAGAUGAUAGUCCAGAUGUUCUCCAGCCCGCUCAACUCUACGCUCCCAAAAGCUUGGUUCUGGUGUCCAGUCUGGACCACACAGAGGUCUUUAGGAACUGUUUGAGUCUCAUCUACACCGUUCAUGUGGAUAGCCUCACCGUUCCCAUGGAAACGGUGAUUGGAAACCUUCUAACCUGCAUCAUUCCAAUAGCUGGAGGCUCUCAGACAAAUGAUCCCCCUCUUUGUAGUUUAACCGACUGGCUACUGGGUUGUUUCCAGCCGGGCCAGGACGACAGAGAGGAGAGCUCGAGGACUAUAACCCUUGGUGCGGGCGACAGGCAGGUCAUCCAAACACCUAUACAUGACUCCCUGCCUGUGAGUGGCUGCAGUGUGGCCCAGCUUUUCAGACAGCUCGGAAUAGUAAAUGUUCUCUGUCUAUUCUGUGCGGCUCUAACGGAGCACAAGAUUCUGUUCCUCUCCAGCAGUUACCAGCGGCUAACAGAUGCUUGCAGGGCCCUUCUGGCCAUCAUGUUUCCACUUACGUACAGUUUUACAUAUAUUCCCAUCUUACCGGGAAAGCUGCUAGAGGUGCUCUGCACUCCGACGCCUUUCAUCAUCGGAGUCAACUCCUACUUCCGCUCAGAGACCCAGGAGCUGCUUGAUGUAAUCAUUGCGGACUUGGAUGGAGGCACUGUGACCGUUCCGGAGUGUGUCCACAUAUCUCUGCUGCCUGAGCCUCUUCUUCAUCACACACAGACGGCCAUCUCCAUGGUUCUAGAUCCAGAGCUGGAAGUGGCAGAUUAUGCGUUUCCUCCACCCUCCGUUCAGCCAUCAACACUCAAGAUUCAGGAUAAGGAGAUCCGUGCUGUCUUUCUAUGGCUGUUCGCGCAGCUCUUUCAGGGCUACCGAUGGUGUCUGCACAUCAUUCGGAUCUACCCAGAACCAGUCAUACGCUUCCAUAAGGCUGCAUUUCUGGGUCAGAGAGCAUUGGCUGAGGAUGACUUCCUGAUGAAGGUGCUGGACGGUAUGGCCUUUGCUGGCUUCGUGUCAGAGCGGGGUCCUCCAUACCGACCCAUUGACCUGUUUGAUGACCUUAUAGCCAGUCAGGUGGAGCGAAUUCGACAAGAGAUGGGUAAUCCUCAGAAAGUGAUGAAGCAUAUAAAGGAGCUGGCGGAGCAACUUUUUAAAAAUGAGAACCCAUAUCCUGCGGUGGCCAUGCACAGAGUACAGAGGACGUCAGAAAACACUCAGCCCCGGCUGCCGCAGAACUCUUUCCCGCUCCUGGAUGAGGUCGGUGUGCAGCUCUUCAUAGACCAUGCAACCGCAAAACUCAAAACCGCCCCGCCUGUUGUCAAGGCCGAGCUAAAGUGCAUGGUACCAACGGGACCCCCACUGGCUGACAUAGUGGACAGGAACGGGAAUGUUCUUGCUAACAGCGCCAGGAGGUUAGAGGUGGUCAGAAACUGCAUCACAUACAUUUUUGACAACAAAAUGCUGGAGGCCAAGAAGUUGAUGCCGGCAGUGUUGCGGGCACUGAAAGGUCGGGCAGCACGUGUGUGUCUGACCCAGGAGCUCAACCUGCAUGUGCUGCAAAACCGAGCCGUACUAGACGACCAACAAUUCGACUACAUCGUUCGCAUGAUGAACUGCACCCUGCAGGAUUGCUCUCACAUGGAUGAACAUGGUAUUGCUGCUGCCCUGCUGCCACUAGUUACGGCCUUCUGUCGGAAACUGGGAGGUGGCAUCACUCAGUUUGCAUACAGCUGUGUUCAGGAGCAUAUGGUGUGGACCAAAAUGCAGUUCUGGGAGGCCAUGUUUUACAGUGAUGUACAGAAACACAUACGCACACUGUACCUGGAGAAUGAUGAGGAGGGAGACAUUUCCAACCCUGAGGGGGAGAGUGGUCAUAAACAGCUGAGUGCUCUGGAGUUGGCUUCGGAGCAGAGCCGUCUGUGGCCCACGUUGAGUAAAGAGCAGCAGCAGGAGCGCGUUCAGAAGGAGGAGAGCACGGUGUUCAGUCAGGCCAUUCACUACGCCAACCGCAUGAGCUACCUGCUUCUGCCGCUUGACACCAGCAAAAACCGCCUGCUCCGAAACACCGGCUUGGGGGACGUCGAGAGCGUCAGCAACAGCUACGUUACUAACAGCAUUGCGGGCAGCAUGGCGGAAAGCUACGACACAGAAAGUGGCUUUGAGGAUGCCGAAGUCUCAGACGUUGCUAACUCUGUUGUUCGGUUCAUCAACCGGUUUGUUGACAAAGUGUGCAAUGAGAGCGGAGUCACCAAUGAACACCUAAAGGCCCUUCACACCAUGAUACCAGACAUCGUUCAGAUGCACAUCGAGACGCUGGAUGCAGUCCACAGGGAGAGCAAACGACUGCCACCUAUCCAAAAGCCCAAGCUUUUGAGGCCAACACUACUGCCAGGUGAGGAGUUUGUUAUGGAUGGCAUGCGGGUGCACCUCAUAGCGGACGGCCGAGAGGAGACCACAGGCGUGAUGGGGGUUCCGCCCCUGCUGCCCGCCGAGGGAGCCAUUUUUCUCACCUCCUACCGGCUCAUCUUCAAGGGCACACCCACUGACCCUCUAGUUGGAGAGCAAGUGGUCACACGCUCGUUCCCCAUAGCCUCCCUCACUAAAGAGAGUAAGAUCUCUAACAUUAAUAUUCCAGUGGAUCAGUUAGUCCAGGAGGGCAUGCAGCUGCGAUCCUGCACAUUUCAGUUGAUGAAUAUCGCCUUUGAUGAGGAGGUGGCAUCAGAUCUUGCUGAGGUGUUCAAGAAGCACAUAAAUAAGCUCAGAUUCCCACAGCACGUCCAGGGCACGUUCGCCUUCACUGUGGGCCAGACAGCAAACCUGGUGGUUGAACACAAGACAAAGGACAAGAACCAGUCUAUAAAAACACUUUCUAAAAACCUGGUUAAGACUGCAAAAAGGACCAUCGGGCGACAGUAUGUGACCCGGAAGAAGUAUUCCCCGCCCACCUGGGAGAACCGCAGCAAUCUGCAGUCAGAAAUGGAUGAAGACGAGAUCUCUGUGUCUGAAGAGCCGGACCAGAGUUCACUCACACUCUCUUCCACCAUCCGCUCUUCUGACCGUCAAACCAUGAGUAAUGUGGUGGAGCGUGCCUGCUGUCGUGACUACCAGCGGCUGGGACUGGGAACGCUCAGCAGCAGUCUGACCCGCUCUAAAAAUGAACCUUUCCGGAUUUCUACUGUCAACCGCAUGUACACCGUCUGCCGAAGUUAUCCCGGGUUACUGAUCGUGCCUCAAAGUAUCCCUGAUUCCACCAUCCAGCGCAUAUCGCGCUGCUACAGGCAGAACCGCUUUCCUGUAGUUUGCUGGAGAAACCCCCGUACUAAAGCAGUGCUACUGCGCUCGGCUGGCUUGCACGCUAAAGGCGUCGUGGGCUUCUUCAAAUCACCCAAUGCUCCCAGCGCAGGCCCGUCCCAGGCAGACUCCACCAGUCUGGAGCAGGAGAAGUAUCUGCAGGCCAUCAUCAGCUCCAUGCCCUCCUACAGUGAAGCUAGUGGGAGAAACACACUCAGUAGCUUCACCUCCACACACAUGAGCACCUCAGAUUCGUCAGACAAGCUGAGGCAACCUAAAAUAGGAGCUCUAAUGAAACAGGUCAUGGGGACUAAAGAUGAUGUUCCAGGAACCUUCAGUAGAGGAGAGCUGGGUCAGAGGGCAAGGGUCAUCUCCCUUUCUCAACCUAGAGUUUCGGUCAAGGCCCGCAACUCACCUAGAGGAAAAUGGGGCAGUAUUCGGGGAAGUGGGCAGCAAAGCACGUAUAACCCUGAUGUUGGAAACAAGCUGCCUUGGAAGGAGUCUCCACAAGCUAAUGGAGGCCCAACCGAGACAUAUUUCCUUCGUCAGCAGAGAGCAUACCUCUACAUCAUUGGAGACAAGUCCCAACUUAAGGGUGGAAAGCAAGACUCUUUCCAGCAGUGGGAGGUGGUGCCCAUCGAGAUGUUUGAUUUACGGCAGUUGAAGAACAGUUUCAAGAAGUUGAUGAAAGCCUGUGUGCCUUCCUCAUCCAACCCUGAACAAAACAUGACCUUUCACCGCUGCCUCGAGGACUCUGAAUGGAUGACUCUGCUUAACAGAGUUCUACAGGUGUCCGUUCUUGUUGUGGAGCUCUUGGACAAUGGUUCCUCCGUUAUGAUCAGUUUGGAAGAUGGCUGGGAUGUCACAACGCAGGUGGUGUCCCUGGUGCAGAUACUGUCGGAUCCAUACUACAGAACGAUCGAUGGCUUCAGACUACUGGUGGAGAAAGAGUGGUUGUCUUUCGGCCAUCGAUUCAGUCACCGUGGGGCUCAGACACUAGCCAACCAGAGCAGUGGAUUCACACCCGUCUUCCUCCAGUUCCUCGACUGUGUGCACCAGAUCCAUCUGCAGUUCCCCAUGGAGUUUGAGUUCAGUCAGUACUACCUGAAGUUCCUUGCCUACCACUACGUCUCCAACCGCUUCCGCACCUUUCUGCUGGACUCCGACUACGAGCGUAUAGAGCUGGGUGUUUUAUACGAGGAAAAAGGUGAGAGAAGGAACCCUCUGGUGUGUAAGUCGGUCUGGGAAUACAUUGACCGGCUCAACAAAAAGACCCCUAUCUUCUACAACUACAUGUUUUCUCCAGAGGAGGAGGAGGUCCUAAAGCCCUACAGUUACAUCUCUAAUUUGAAAGUAUGGGACUUUUACACGGAGGAGACACUUUCUGAGGGUCCGUCCUUUGACUGGGAGUUGGUGCGGGGACGGCAAGAGGAGCCUGCUGAUGAAGCAAGUGAUAGGCAGGAGACGACUGCUCCCAAGUCCCAGCGGAGGAUCGUCUGGCCUUGCUACGACAGCCUCAUUAAAGUAGUGCCCGAUGCCAUCACAAAGCUGUUGCAGGAUUUGCAGAACCUGGAAAAUGAAUUAGGACAACCUACAGAGAAAUGGAAGGACAUGUGGGACAAGACUAAGACAACCCAACGGGUUGAGUCCAGACUAGAGAGCCGGAACUCUUUCUCCAGCUCUCUGCUCAUGUCAUCUAAUCUGAGUCACCAGCGGCGCUCUCAGGGUGUGUAUCUGCAGGAGAGUGGGGUUGGCUCCACCAUUAACCUGGCCCUGGACUGUGAGGUCAGUGCCACCUCUACGCCCGCAACUGGUCGUCCCAGUACCAGCACACUCUACAGCCAGUUCCAGAGCACAGAGAGUGAGAACAGGAGUUUCGAGGGUAUUUUAUACAAAAGAGGUGCUUUGCUGAAACCAUGGAAACCACGUUGGUUUGUACUGGACAAGACCAAACACCAGUUGCGGUACUAUGAUGCAAGGCAAGAUAAAGAUUGUAAAGGAGUCAUCGAUUUAGCUGAAGUGGAAUCUGUCUUUCCGGGAACGCCUACAAUGGGAGCACCUAAAAACAUAGACGAGAAAGCCUUCUUUGAUCUCAAGACAACCAAAAGAGUGUAUAACAUCUGUGCCCAGGACAGUACGAAUGCACAGUUAUGGAUGGACAGUAUUCAGAGUUGCCUGUCUGAUGCGUAGGGGGGGUCUUAUGGAAGAAAGAACUGUGAAAAAAAAUUAUUUUGGGGGGCAUUGUUGGACAUUGCUCACAGCCAAUGGGCAGAGCUUCCCCCACGUUUACAGAGCAAAUGUAUAGAAUGGGUGUGGCUACAGUCCCGUGUCGGUGGUAUUGAACUUUACAAUGUCGCACCUCACCACAUUUUAGCGUUUUUGUUAAAAAGCAAUGGGGAAAAAAAUCUAUGAAUCCCUUAUAAGACUUGUAUCUGUGGUCUCACCGUGUUCCUUUAUUUGAUUUUUUUAAACACAGUCACAACUCCUGGAUGUUCUUUAAUACUUGUUCAAAAGGUGCAUGUUCUUAAUUCUGAGGGAAUGCGAUUCUUCAUCUGGCUUGCACCCUAUUGCUCCAAUACUGCCCAUGCCCACAUUUCAGCUAUGCAGGGGCCAAGUGAAUGCCUCAAAAACAAGCCACAGCUUGCAAAAAAGUAACCCUAAUGUAAUGUUAACUCCUUCAAAUCUCAUUACUGCCACUUUGCCAUUGCUUCCAUUGGCUGGUAAAGUUUCUUCUGAUUGGCUGGUUAAGUUGCUUCUGAUUGGCUGGCUUUGUCAAAGCCCAUUCUUAAGCAGGGUCUCCAUGCAACGGUUCAUGAAGGAUUUUGUUGUUUAUAUUUGGCGAUUUACAUCUGAGUAAUACAGAAAAGAUGCAUUCUUUUAACAGUUUACCAUGGCAGACAAGUUGCCCAAUCAAUUUGAUCAAAAUGCCAUCUGGAGAUUACGCAUUCAGAUUUGACUGUUUACAAACUAAACCUUACAAUAUAUUCCUGUGGUCUAACUUUUUUUUUUUUUUUUUUUUUUUUUGUGUACAAGAUACAUAAAACCACUAUUGCUUUGAGAAUUUAAGAGAUGCUAAUGGAAAAGGAGGGAAAGAAUUUGUCAUGAUAAUUUAUGCACAAAGAGAUGAUUCCUUGAUUUUAGAAGCUGAGAGAUGCAGACAAUAGCAGCGUCUGGAGGGGUUUUGCAAUCUCUUUGUUUCAUCAAGUGUCUGUUUACACCAAUCAGAGCCCAAAGACUGGAGCUGGCUGCCAUGACAACCGGGACCCAUGCUACUUCCUGUAACCUUUGUGCGAUUUAAUUAAAAUUGUAAAUUUACAAAAGUUAUUUUCUAUGGGUAAGAAACCCUUAAAAUGUAAUCAAAAUGGUUUAUUGGGUAAAAUUCAGGUAUUAGACCAUUUAAUAUUGAGGUUUCAUAGUAUAUUCUUUUAAAUAUUCAGCUAGUUUUGGGAGUCAAAUCACUAUAGUGUAAAGAGCAAUUUGAGAAAUCCGCCCGGCGCAAAAUCGAACCCCAUUUUACCAACACAGGUUGUCAUGUGUUUGCUUUUUCCCGUCUCUGUGCCUUGAAUCUGUCAGAAUCAGUGUUUUAAUUAGUCUGUUACCUGUUCUAUUUUGAGUCUUGUACAUAGAGGAGUUUGUUUAUAUUAUUCCUUUAGAGAAAGAGUCUAUUUUGGUGGACUUGGUGAGAAUGCAUAGAAGUAUCACAGGACUGCACUGUUGCAGUGUUUUUUAAUCCAAGAUACAAGAACUAACACACACAAACGCAGUGUAAAAUAGGGUAAUACUUCUGAAUUGUUGAAUAAAAAAAUUUAAUUGUA